AUGGGAAUGAUUAUGAAAGCGGUUAGCGAGUCAGAGUCAAAUAGCUUUGGUGUUCUUGUGAAUAGCUUCUACGAGCUGGAACCGGCUUAUGCUGAUUUUUACCGUAGUGUUGGGGCGAAAAGAGCUUGGCAUAUCGGUCCGCUUUCGCUGUUCAACAGAGAGUUUGCGGAGAAAGCCCAAAGAGGUAAAAAAGGGGUCAUUGAUGAGCAGGAAUGCCUCAAAUGGCUCGAGUCUAAGACACCCGGUUCAGUGAUUUACGUGUCGUUUGGCAGUGGAGCUAAAUUUACCAAUGAACAGAUGCUUGAAAUUGCUGCCGGCCUUGAAGGCUCUCAACAAAACUUCAUUUGGGUUGUUAAGAAAAAUGAAAAGCAAGGGGAAAAGGAAGACUGGUUGCCUGAAGGGUAUGAAGAGAGAACGAAAGGGGAAGGGCUGAUAAUACGCGGAUGGGCACCACAAAUGCUGAUACUAGAGCACAAAGCCGUUGGAGGAUUUGUGACGCAUUGCGGAUGGAACUCGGCUUUGGAGGGCAUAUCUAUGGGGCUACCGAUGGUGACUUGGCCGAGGGGCGCGGAACAGUUCUACAACGAGAAGCUAUUGACACAAGUGUUGAGGAUAGGAGUGAAUGUAGGAGCUACGGAGUUGGUGAAAAAAGGAAAGUUGAUAAGUAGAGAGGAAGUGGCGAAGGCAGUGAGAGAAGUGAUUGAUGGGGAAGAGGCAGAGGAAAGGCGGGAACGGGCUAAGAAACUAGGCGAGAUGGCUAAAGCCGCUGUGGAGGAAGGAGGGUCUUCUUAUAAUGAUUUGAGCAGGUUCAUGGAAGAGCUUAAAUGCUAUAAAGUCGAAAAAGUCGAAGAAGAAGACACAACAUGUUUCACGUUGUGGAAUGCAUUUCUUGUCAUUGUUAACAAACUUUUCACAAUACAGUAA